GCGCGUUUGGCAAGGCUUGGUGAAUGGUACGCUUCAAAAACAGGUGGCUUCUCGUGGAAUUCAUCCCGUGCCAUUCAGCGGCCACGAGCGCCUUGGCGGCCUCCUCGCCAGAAGAAAAUGAUAUCAGCAGCAAGCUGAUAUGGUCUGCUCUCAAGCAGAGUGUGAUCAAUAAUUUUGGCGACACGGGCUGGGGCGCAGUCUCUUCUUCUCUCACAAUCAAGUAUUAUUCUCCAACGACGAGUGUAUGCAUCAUUCGCGUUGCCCGAGAUCACCACAAAACUGCUUGGGCCGGCGUGACCAUGCUCACGAAUAUCGAAGGCCGCAAAUACAUCCCCCAUGUGGUUCACGUAUCUGGUACGUCUUUGG